AUGGGUUCCAACAAGCCUCGAGGUUUACAAGCCGCCCGAAAGCUCAGAACUUCCAGAAGGGAGAACCGAUGGGCCGACAAGAACUACAAGAAGAGAGCUCUUGGUAAAUUCUACAAGACCUCUCCUACCGGUGGUUCUUCUCACGCCAAGGGUAUCGUAUUGGAAAAGGUCGGUGUCGAAGCCAAACAACCCAACUCCGCUAUCCGAAAAUGUGUUAGAGUCCAACUUAUCAAGAACGGAAAGAAGGUUACCGCUUUCGUACCCAAUGAUGGUUGUUUGAACUUCACCGAUGAAAACGACGAAGUUCUCAUUUCCGGUUUCGGUCGACGAGGAAAAGCCAAGGGUGAUAUUCCCGGUGUGCGAUUCAAGGUCGUUAAAGUUUCAGGUGUUGGUCUCCUCGCUCUCUGGAAGGAGAAGAAGGAGAAGCCUCGAUCUUAA